AUGUCGAUGGAAGUCGAUUCCGGGUCCGUCGCUCUCCCUCCGACCGAGCACCGCCCCACCACCGCUGCCACCGUCCUCUGCUACAACUGCGGCGCCCCGAUCGAUGGCACGCAAGCUGCCGGAGCACUAUGUAAUGACUGCUUGAAGACGACCGUCGACAUCACACAGGGCAUCGAUCGGGAGGGCGUGCUGCUCAUGUGUCGCGACUGCGACCGCUGGCUUUCGCCUCCUAGCCAGUGGGUCGGCGCCACCCUCGAGUCUCGAGAGCUGCUCGCCUUGUGUUUGCGCAAGUUGCGCGGGUUGAACAAGAGUCGCAUCAUCGACGCCCACUUCAUCUGGACUGAGCCGCAUUCGCGAAGAGUCAAGUUGAAGAUUACGGUACAACAAGAAGCCUUCCAGGGCGCCAUUCUCCAGCAGGACUUUCCCGUCGAGUUUGUGCAGCAGUACAAGCAGUGCCCCGACUGCGCCAAAUCAUACACCCACAACACUUGGCGGGCGGUGGUGCAGGUCCGGCAAAAAGUCCCCCAUAAGCGCACCUUCCUCUACCUCGAACAACUCAUCCUCAAGCAAGGCGCGCACAAAGAUACAAUCAACAUCAAAGAGAACCCGAACGGCAUCGACUUUUUCUUCGCCCAGCGCAACCACGCCGAGAAGUUUGUCGAUUUCCUCACUUCCGUCUCGCCCGUGCGAACCAAGAAAGCCCAAGAGUUGAUCUCACACGACGUCCACACAUCAAGCACCUCCUACAAACACACCUACUCCUGCGAACUCGUGCCCAUUUGCAAAGACGAUCUCGUCGCACUCCCGCCGAAGCUGGCCAGGCAAAUUGGCAGUAUCUCCCCUCUGGUCCUGUGCUAUCGCGUCGGCACGGCCAUUAACCUCCUCGACCCCAAUACCCUGCAAAUCGCCGACCUCAACACAGCAAUCUACUGGCGCUCCCCCUUCUCCCCCAUCGCCGACGUGCAAGAGCUCGUCGAGUUCAUCGUAAUGGACAUUGAACCCACAGGCCCGGAGAACGGACGCUUCGUUCUCGCAGACGUGACCAUAGUCCGCGCGUCAGAUCUAGGCGUCAACGACACCGAGUACCUCGUUCGCACACACCUGGGCGCCGUUCUGCACGCAGGCGACAGCGUGAUGGGCUACCACCUCACCGGCACGCAAUUCAACAACGAGAACUUCGAGGAAAUCGAAAACUCCAAGCAAUACGCCGGCACCAUUCCCGACGUCAUCCUGGUGAAGAAACACUACCCCGCGCGCAAGAAGGGCAAGAGCCGCAAUUGGCGCCUCAAGCGCAUCACCAAGGAAGAAUCCGCCGAACAGAGAGGCCGGAAGGGCGCUGGUGACGCCGAUCGAGACGAAGUGGACUACGAGCAAUUCCUGCGCGAUAUUGAGGCCGACGAAGAAUUGCGGCAGGGCAUGAACAUGUACCGCAAUCCGCAGCAUGGUGCGAAGAAUGUGGCGCAGGAUGCGGCGAUGGAGACGGAUGGCGAGGAGGAUGAUGGGCUGGAGAUUCCGAUGGAUCAGUUGAUUGAUGAGAUGGAUGAUAUCAAUUUGGAGGAUCACGAGGAGGUGUGA